AUGUGGAGAGUACAGCUAUGUGGAGAGUACAGCUAUGUGGAGAGUACAGCUAUGUGGAGAGUACAGCUAUGUGGAGAGUACAGCUAUGUGGAGAGUACAGCUAUGUGGAGAGUACAGCUAUGUGGAGAGUACAGCUAUGUGGAGAGUACAGCUAUGUGGAGAGUACAGCUAUGUGGAGAGUACAGCUAUGUGGAGAGUACAGCUAUGUGGAGAGUACAGCUAUGUGGAGAGUACAGCUAUGUGGAGAAUACAGCUCUGUGGAGAGUACAGCUCUGUGGAGAGUACAGCUCUGUGGAGAAGAGGGGAGAGAGGUCUGUCAGCAGCAGUACUGAGGCCACACCCCCAUAUGGCUACCAGCUAGACCUGGACUUCCUGAAGUAUGUGGACGACAUACAGCGUGGCAACACCAUCAAGAGGCUGAACAUCCAGCGGAAAGCCAGGCCUGUCCGGCCGGCGGUGGAGCCCGUGCCCAGGGGAGGUUGCUCUGGUGGGGGAGGUGAGUACAGUGGGCAGGGCCAUGCUGAAUGGACCUCCACAGGCUCCCUACCCUCCUCCAGUGAAGAGGCACAGCAGAGUCCCCUCUUCUACCCCUCCCCACAGCAUCACCCUCCCCCCACCCUGAUUUACCACGCCCAUGCCCCUCUCCCGUCCUGUGAGCCUCCCCUUCCUCCCCUACCCCCCGAGGGCUACCUGAGCCUCCCCGCCGAACCCCCUCAACGGCCCCAGCCCCCCUCUCCGUGGGAGCCUCCCCUCCUCAACCCCCAGGUUGAGAAGACCCUGAUGGAGACGAGGAGGAGGUUAGAACAGGAUCGCCUCCUCAUGCAGCCCCCCUCCCCCUCCGGACCCCCAAGCCCUGCUCCUCGCCACCGCCUGGCGUCCUUCGGAGGGAUGGGAGGGUCCAGCACCUCCCUGUUCUCCCCUAGCACCCCCCAGUCCCUGCUGCCCAACGGGGGUGGAGGUAGUGGAGAGUACAACCCCUACUACACUUCCAUGGGUUCCUCUAUCCACCACAGCCCCAUGUCCUCAGGCAUGACCACGCCGGCCAGCAACGUGUCUCCGCUCCACCUGCAGCACAUCCGGGAGCAGAUGGUGGUGGCCCUGCGGAGGCUGAAGGAGCUCGAGGAGAAGGUGAAGAUCAUACCUGUCCUGCAGGUGAAGAUAGCCGUGCUGCAGGAGGAGAAGAGACAGAUGACCUGUCAGAAGAACCAGAGGCUGGGGGUGGGGGGGGGGUUCAGGAAGAGGUCCUAUAGCGUGGGCAGUGCUGACCAGCUGGACCCCCAGACACAUACCCUGCAGACCCAGGAGCUGCACAUCAUGGAGCCAGAGGGCCAGGAGGGUCAGGGCCAUAGUCAGAGUACCAAGGGGAUGGAGGAGUUCAGGAGGCUGGCUGCAGAGGUCCGAGCCCUGGGGGCGAACAGCCAGGAGCAAGGCUCUCACCAGGCCAGGCAGACCCAGACCCACAAUAACAACAACCAGCUCACCUCCACGGCAGUCGGCCCAGAUGAGAACAUGAACGACGCCACGGUGGUCGCCCAGAGGAAGUCGCCGGUGAUGACGACGGUACAACAACUACACUUCUACCGUGACGUCGGAAUGGCGACGGAGCAGCGUGAGACGCGCAGUGCUGGGACGGGCGUGACGGAAGCCAUGUUGGGCGUGACCAGCGAGGUGGAGGCAGAGUUAGACUUGCAGCAGCAGACCAUCGAGGCCCUGAAGGAGAAGAUCUACCGGCUAGAGGUGGACCUGAGAGAGACCACCCACCUGAUGGAGAUGUCCAAGCUGAAGCUAGAGCUGCAGGCCGCUGGGGGAGCCAAUAGGAAGAGGGCUGAUAAAGGCUGCCAGGUGCGGCCAGACACCUACAGCAUGGCCUGCCAGGCGCGGCCAGACACCCAGAGCACUGGCUCAGAGACCUGGAGAGUCCAGACAAACAGCCAGGGAGUGGGGAACCAUCUAGAGACCAGCCAUGCCUCCACAGGAGAGACCCUCCACACUGUAGGGGUAGGGGUGUCCUGUCAACCCAGCCUGAGACACACUGCUUCGGGACCUGACCUGCCUAUGGAGAGAUGGCUGGUGCAGGAGAGGGUAGAGGUGCAGGACCAGUGUGUGGGUAGGCAGUUGGAGGUGUGUGACCAGGGGGUGGGGGUGGAGGUGGGGCUGUGUGACCAGGGGGUGAACACUGAUGAGGAAGUAGACAGUCUAGAGCUGUGUAAGUCCCGGGAGACAGUGGCCAGGGAGAGGGAGAGCAGGUCGGUGGGCGUUGAGGAGUGUUCUAGAGACGUCGCUGUCAGACAGCUGGGGACUAACCCUGUCCUGGGCGCCACCACGGACUCUGCUGUCAUGGUAACCCCGGACACAGCCUCCCAAUACACCAGCACCCUACUGGAGACCGCUAGCCAACACACCAACACAGAGACAGUGGUGCUAGCUGACGGCUGUACCAACACUGCCCUGGUUCACACUGCUGAGAAACACACCAGCACGCUAACCAAUCACACAAGGACUGUCGCUGUGGGCGAGGGGCUGGUCAAAGACCCACAGACCGUUCCCAAAACCAGGUCUAUUGCCGUGGGAAACACAGCGGAGAGAGACGGCAGUCCAGAGGAGGCAUGGUCGGCCCAGACCAAAGAAGUGGGCGUCGGCCUGGUCGGCAUCCACACCAACUUCCUGGUCGGCCUGAAGACCCGGAACAUUGCCUGUGGCCCCUCCCACCUGGACGGAACCGCUGUUGCCGAGGAGACCAUUGCCGUGACGACUGUUGUACCACCCCAGGCCCAGGCCAUACCACCACCCCAGCAGGUGGAGGGGGGGGCAGGACUAGACCACUACAUAGAGAGGCUUCAGAAGCUACUUCAGGAACAACAGAUGCUGUUGACUGAGAACUACAGUGAGCUAGCGGAUGCUUUCGGACAGCCCUGCUCUUCUCAGUUCACCCACUUUGGUUCUAUCAACAGCCAGCUGGUCAACACUCUGACGUCUAUCAACUCUGUCAUGAAGUAUGGCAGUGCUGAGGAUCUGAGGACACAGCGAGAUAUCAGCAGCACCGCUACAGAUCGGGGUCAGCUGCAGGUGUCCAGUGAAGUCAUCCAGAGUUCAGAGGUCAGCCAGACGGAGAUAGUGUCACAUGACCCCAGGUCCCCGCCCAGCCCGGCCACGCUGAAACACCGCAUGGACCAGCAGAUGUCCAGCGCCUUGAACGGUGGUAAGAGCGCUCUGAAGUCCAUCAUGAAGAAGAAAGAUGGCCGCCAGGGUUCUUUGGGAACCAAGAAGAACCUGCAGUUUGUAGGAGUCAAUGGAGGGUACGAGACAACGUCGAGUGAUGAAUCAGAGGACAGCAGCUCCUCUGAAACAGAGGAGGAGGAAGAAGAGGAGGAGGAGGAGGAGGGGAAGGUGUUCGGAGGAGGAGAGGAAGCUGAAGAAAGGAACACAGAGGAAUUCCAGAACGAGGGAGCAGUGGAAGUGGGAAGGAGUGAAGAGGAGGGAGGAGGAGAGAAGCAAGAGAUGAGAGAGAGGUUUGAGUUGAGUGAGAAGAUGUUGGCUGCCUGUAACGUGUUGAAGAACCACCUGAAUGAUGGCAAGGCCUUAACCAGUAAAGAUGUGGUGAGCACCAGUUGUUAUUGACUCUGCUUCUGAACAAUUCUACCUCCAUCUCU